AUGAGUCUUAAAGUGAUAAACCCAGGACUUCAGCAAGGGACUCUGGACGGGGCCCCUCCUGGGGGUGCCUGUGGGAACAAAGUGACCACAGUGACCGUGGCCAACGUCGGGUCCUCUGCAGACAACGUCUUCACAACGUCAGUGGCAAACGCAGCGUCCAUCUCAGGGCACGUUCUGUCUGGUAGGACAGCUCUUCAGAUUGGGGACAGCCUGAACACAGAGAAGGCCACGCUGAUCGUAGUCCACACAGACGGGAGCAUCGUGGAGACAACUGGGCUGAAGGGCCCCGCAGCCCCGCUCACCCCAGGUCCUCAGUCUCCUCCGACCCCGUUGGCACCAGGCCAGGAGAAGGGUGGCACCAAGUACAACUGGGACCCUUCGGUGUACGGCAGUGAGCUGCCUGUGCGCUGCCGGAACAUCAGCGGCACGCUCUACAAGAGCAGGCUCGGCUCAGGCGGCCGCGGCCGAUGCAUCAAGCAGGGGGAGAACUGGUACAGCCCCACGGAGUUCGAGGCCAUGGCAGGAAGAGCCAGCAGCAAAGACUGGAAGAGGAGUAUCCGCUACGCGGGCAGACCUCUCCAGUGCCUCAUCCAGGAUGGGAUUUUAAACCCUCACGCCGCCUCAUGCACCUGUGCCGCCUGCUGUGAUGAUAUGACCCUGAGUGGUCCCGUGAGGCUGUUUGUUCCUUACAAAAGGCGCAAGAAGGAAAAUGAACUGCCCACCACGCCCAUGAAGAAAGAGUCCCCCAAGAACAUCACUCUGCUCCCAGCCACGGCAGCCACCACCUUCACUGUGACGCCCUCAGGACAGAUCACUACCUCUGGGGCACUGACCUUCGACCGGGCUUCCGCUGUGGAGGCCACUGCUGUCAUAUCAGAGGGUCCCACCCAGGGCGAUGUCUUCGCUGGAGCCACGGUGCAGGAGGCCGGGGUGCAGCCCCCGUGCAGGGUCGGCCACCCUGAGCCUCACUACCCCGGCUUUCAGGACAGCUGCCAGAUCGCCCCGUUCCCAGAAGCCGCUCUGCCAACGUCACAUCCCAAAAUAGUCCUGACAUCCCUGCCUGCCCUAGCAGUGCCGCCUUCCACCCCCACCAAAGCUGUCUCCCCCACGGUGGUCAAUGGGCUGGAGAUGUCAGAACCACGGAGCUGGUUGUACCUGGAAGAGAUGGUCAACUCUCUGCUCAGCACUGCACAGCAGCUGAAGACAGUGUUUGAACAGGCCAAGCAGGCCAGCUCCUGCCGUGAGGCCGCCGCGACCCAGGCCAGAAUGCAGGCCGAUGCCGAGCGGAAAGAGCAGUCCUGUGUGAACUGUGGCCGGGGAGCCAUGAGUGAGUGCACCGGGUGCCACAAGGUCAACUACUGCUCCACCUUCUGCCAGCGCAAGGACUGGAAAGACCACCAGCACAUAUGUGGCCAGUCCACUUCAGUCACGGUCCAGGCGGACGAAGUCCACGUGGAGGAGAGUGUGAUUGAGAAGGUCACUGUGUGACCCGGGUCCUCCCUGCACCGCGUCCCAGGCCAGGACUCCCCGAGGCUGGGGAAGGCCCUGGGAAGGCAAAGAAACUUGCUGGACAAGUAAUUAACAGGUGGAGUGGCUGUGCCCUUGGACAUGAACUCCCAAGCAGAGACUCGGGGAAUAGGCGUGUCACCGUGCCCUUGGCAUUGAACUACAUGGAGACCUGAGGAGUGUCGGUGGCCCGUGGCCCCGGGUCCUCGCCCGCCCGGUGCUCUUUCAUGGCUUGCGCGUCAGUGUGUGUACAUACAUGUGUGUCUGUCGAUGGAGUUGUAAAUAAAGUCCCCCACCCCGUCAGUCAA